UCUCUUCUGUGAUAUGCCAUUGUUCAGUGGUGAAUGUUAAAUCUAGUUGAUAUGAUGGAUAAACAAGAAAAUAAAGAUCAGAAAGUUAGAAACAUGGAGGAGAUUUUGAAGUCUGUUAAGAGAAUUAGGAUCACUUAUACUGAUCCUGAUGCUACUGAUUCUGAUAGCAAUAGUGAUGAUCAGUUCAAGGACCGGCGUAACAAGCGGAAGGAGAUUGUUAUCAAUCGUGAUCUUCCUCCAGGGAGUCCAUGCGUUCAAGCUCCUAAAGAGCAUUUUGCAAAUGCAUACAGGAUUUCUUGCAACAUUGGUGAAUUUAGCAAGAAAUCGCAGAAAUCAUCAUCAAUGUACAAAGGUGUAAGGAAAAGGAAAUGGGGAAAGUAUGCCGCAGAAAUCAGAGACCCUAUUAGAGGUAAAAGAGUGUGGCUUGGUACUUAUGAUAAUGAAGAAGAUGCUGCUAGAGUUUAUCAGGCAAAGAAGCUCGAGUUUGAUAGGAUCAUGGCUGACAGGAAGGCAAAUUUGAGUUCUUCUGGAGCCUCAGCUGUUGAGGGCUCUGUGGCUUGUGGCUCUGCAUCAGAGGAGACUAAUGCUCUGUGUUCACAUCCAUCUCCAUCAUCUGUUCUUGAGAUAUCUACAUCAGCUCCCAUGGCAAAGGAGUCUCUCCAGGCAGGUGGUGGAGCAAAACUUAAUAGAACGGAGGAUGUUGAGCCACUUCUCUCGGGAUCUACGGAAAAUGGAUUGAUCUUGCCAUUGGUUUGUCAGGAUUUCAAUCCCAGGCCUGAUGAUGGAUUGUUAUAUUGUAGUAAUAUGGGAAAGCAAGCCAUUUCAAUAUUAGUGGAGGAUGCAUCGAGAGAGCAGCCUGUGGUUAGCAGCAUCAACGAACCAUCUGAUUUUAGCCAUGCAAUAAAGGAAAUGGAAGGAUGGCAACCUUUCUCGAAUAAUCAAUCAGUUAACAAAGAUUCUAUUCUGAACACUAAGGAUCAAUUAUUCAAUGGCAAUAAUGCAGUGGGCCUGGAGACCUCAACAUCCCCGGCUGAUUCACCGGUGCCACCUUCAAUAAGUGCACAUCUCAAUUUUGAGGAAAAUUUGCGAUAUGACAAUGAUUUGAAAGAGUUAGGCUUUGAGGAGAAUUUGACAUAUAGUAAUCGUUCAGAUGAACCGUUUGAUUGUCUCAGUCAAGACAUUUCUAUGGGUCAACCAGAACUCGAUGAAGAGGAGAUUGCUUGGUUAAAUAAGGACCUGUUCAAUGAUGACCAAUUCUGUAAUUAGGAUUGAGUUGUCCAAGUAUUUCCGGUAAAUAAUCACAAAAAAAUGUAAAUGAGGAAUGGGGGCUGUUCUUGGAUGGAUCUCUAUGGUCAUGGAGCCAUCCCAGAUUUUUCUUGAAGUCUCCCCAGUGCUUGUGCACUGUUAAUGUAGCCAGCUUUCUUCAUGGCUUUUAGAAGUGAAGUAUGUUAUGAAGAAAUGAGAAAGUAGAAGAAACUUAGUAAGAGUUGCAU